AUGGAAAGUGGAACCAAUCGUGGUGGCAUACUUGGCGAUGAUAUGGGCUUAGGUAAGACUAUUCAAGCGAUGGCGCUAAUCGUCUCACGGCCCUGCGAUCCAAUUGAUGACCCAGUAAUUUGGGAUGACCGUACAAUAUACCAUGAGCCCCCUCCACCAUCAAAACUUGUCAAAACGAAGGCUACUUUAGUUGUUGCGCCCGUGGCCUUGAUGUAUCAGUGGGCAGAAGAGAUUAGGACCAAAACACAACCAGGCUUAUUGAAAGUCCACGUAUAUCAUGGGAAUGGAAAGUUUUAUGACCCAGAAUUUUUGAGACGCUAUGAUGUUAUCAUAACAACUAUUACGACGCUAGCUAACGAAUUUGGUAAUAAAGAGCCAAAUCCAAACAAAUGCAGAGCCAUUGGAACUCUAUUCAAAGGUCAUUUUCAUCGUGUUAUCAUCGAUGAAGCCCAUGUGAUCAAAAACAAGCAUACCAAAAGUUCGAAAGCCUGUACUGCAGUUGCUGCCACCUACCGGUGGUGUUUAACAGGAACACCGAUUCAAAACAACAUCGAUGAGCUUUAUUCGCUUAUCCGCUUCCUAGGAGUUAAACCGUAUUGUGACUGGGAGGAGUUCCGUAACAAGAUAUCAACGCCGAUGAAGAAGCAGCGCCAGUAUGGCCGCGCAAUGCAGCGCGUCCAAGCUCUCUUGAAAGCUGUCUGUUUGAGGAGGACAAAAGCAUCCAUGGUGGAUGGUAAACCGAUCUUAAACCUUCCGGCUCGGAAUGUCCAGAGAGUGCCCACUCUUUUCUCUGAUGAUGAACGAGCCUUCUAUGUUGCAUUAGAGACAAGAACAAGAGAGAGGUUUAAUGCCUAUGUGAAAGCAGGAACUGUGAUGAAAAACUAUUCCAAUAUCCUGGUUCUUUUGUUGCGGCUCCGUCAAGCUUGCUGUCAUCCCCAUUUAAUUAAUGACUUUGAAAAGGCCAUGGAUGAUAAAACUCCACAAGACAAGAGAGCGCAUACAGAUCGCCUUCUUGACGGCCUUUUGAAGGAUAUCCGUCGUCGACUGAUAGAACGAGGUCUAGAUGCUAUAGAAUGUCCAAUUUGCAUGGAUGUGGGCGAAGAAAGCGUUAUCCUUAGUGGCUGUGGCCAUAUCUACUGCCGUGCAUGUAUCACAGCCCAUUUGUCUCGUCAUGAUGAAGAGGAGCGCAGGUGUCCAGAAUGUCGUAGACUGGCUCCUAUUGAGAACUUGAUCUCGGUGGCAGAUUUCAAUGCCCGCUUUAAUCCCACUCCUGUAGCUGAAGCUGAAGAUCCAAAAGGAAAGGGCAAGGCAUCGGAUGAUGAAAGUAGCAGACAUCCGGAUAUACUUCCACCUAUUCCAGUCCCUGAAGAGUUAGAGACUUGGAUCAGUAGCAGUAAGACCGAUAAAAUGAUUGAGAUUGUACGUUCUGUACAAGCCAAAGGUGAGAAGAUCAUUGUGUUUUCACAGUUUACAAGUCUUCUCACCUUGAUGGAAAGACCUUUGCGAGAUGAGGGCAUCAAGUUUCUUCGUUAUGACGGAGCGAUGAGGCCCGAGCAGAGGAACGAAGCGAUUAUCAGAAUGACCAAUGACCCUACGAUACCAUUAAUGCUUAUCAGUUUGAAAUGUGGAUCACUUGGGCUUAACUUGACAAUCGCUAAUCAUGUAGUGAUUAUGGACCCAUGGUGGAACCCAGCACUGGAGAACCAAGCAAUUGACCGAGUGCAUCGUAUUGGACAAACAAAAGAGGUAUUUGUUCACCGUUUAUGCAUCCCUGAAACUGUGGAGGACAGGAUCCUUGCAUUACAAGCUAAAAAACAAGCUUUGGCGGACGGGGCUCUUGGUGAAGGCACAGUGCCGAAGUUGGCUAAGCUUGGACUCCAAGAAUUGAUGUAUCUUUUCCGUGGGGAUGUGUAA